UUACGUACGCGUUUUAGAGGUUGCGUACUCGAGUUCAAAUGACCCCUCUCGUUCGGAACUUGUUACUUUCUAGGCUGGUACAAUCGUAGAAGCGCCUGAAGUCAUCUUGCUCUCCGAUGGGAAACAAGCAAUCAAGAAAGCAUAGCCAGGAGUUGAAGUACUCUCGUAACACAGCCUACUUGGCUGCACCGAGACGAAGCUCGCUGUCAGGUCUCAGUCCAGAGCUUGAAGAACUGCUAAAUCACGAGAAAAUGAUGGGAGUCGCGAGCAAACUGAGUUCUUUUGCAGACAACUUACAGUGUGUUCUAGACGUCCAGGAUUUGGCUAGCUUGUCGUCGGACAGUCUUGAUGGCAGCGGCCUGACGCCACUUCAGAGGCGGAGACUUAUUAGAGCUGCUCAGAAUAGUGCCAGACCUGCUAGACGCGAAAGAAGGGAGCAAGUGGCGAAUGGCUUGCGUGGAGUUGGUAAUGAGUCUCCGUUAAUUUUGACCAGAGCAGGUGAACGUAGAAGUAAAGGUCUGAACGAAACUACAAGAGGAAAUGGAGUUUCUUCUCGUGUUCAAAGGGCUCCAGUUCCUUUACGAAAGCGAGACAGCACAUCAGUUGACACUCCAAAAACGAAACUGAGCAAGAAAAACAGACAAAUAAGUACACCUGUUGAUAUGUUUUAUGAGCAAAGGAGCCAAACAGAAAUAAUUCAGCCAAACAGUGUAGCAGUGGCAGCCAUUGAGAGUUCUGUUGAUUCAGAGAGCAAUUACGUAGAGUUUGUGAAUGCUAAAGAAAAUCAUCCACCUCUUUCUGAACACACCCUAAAGCGAACAGCUAGUGACCCUAUGCUCCUUGACAGAUGUGAGAAUGAGAACACAAUUAUGCAACCUGAGCCUUUGUACCUAGCUCCAUUAUCAGGUGAAGUGAUUUCUUCAAGUACACCACCUCCAAUGUCUCCUACAGACAGCAUAGGAGAACAUUGGUCAAAACACUUGCCUAUUCGUUUCAUCUUGGAGACUAUUCGGAAUGACGUAGGCAAUAGUGACACAUUGUUUGCUGCAUGUCAGAGUCUAACUCAGCUUGUCAGGCAGAGAUUGGUAAACAGAAAAGCUGCAUAUAGUGAUGGUGCAAUAUCUGUAAUCAGUGAUGCUCUUCAUCGUCAUGGUGAUGCUGAUGUGCUUGUGGAACAGGGGCUUAGAGCACUCGCCAGAUUGUGCCCUGGUGUUCCUGAGGCUGUUUCUGAGAUUGUCAGUAGUGGUGGGAUUGAAAGUACAGUGAAUUUAGUUUCACGGCAUGAAACACAUGGAGGUUUAUGCAGAGCAGCCUGCAUGUUGUGGUCAUGCAUAGCAUGUGAAGAUUUUGACAGUCGGGAUACAAUGGUUAAUGCAGGUGUUAUUCAUUGUGCUCUUAAGAUGCUGCAAGACUUUUCUGAUCCUGUAACUCUCAUGAUGGCUUGCGGAGUAAUUUCAUGUGUUUUAGCUCAAAAUAUGCAAGCCAAGAAUGUUUUGAAUGAUGAAGAAGGUCUUCUUUCUAUUUCUCUAGCAAUGCAAAUGCAUUUGUCUCGUGCCAAGCUGCAAAUGUAUGGCUGUGCUGCUAUUGGCAGUGCUACAUUUCAAGAUAAUGUCGUAACAGAGAGAGCAUACAAGGAUGGGAUUGCAGACUUUGUAAUUGCUGCCAUGAGAAACCAUGUGACUAAUUGUGGUGUUUUGUUAUACGGAUUGAAGGCACUUGCAAACUUUGUACUAAUUGGAAAUGCUUGGAAAUUUGUAUUGGAUUGUGGCAUUGUUGAUAUUAUACUGGAUGCUUGCAGAGCAUACAAAACAAAUGCAGCUUUACAUUUGUGGGCAUGUUUUGUUCUCCAAGUUCUAAUGGACAAAGGACAAGGUGAAGCAAAGAAAAACCUGAUGGAACAGUACAUUGUAAAUUGGUGCAUAUUUAUAAUGGCAGUACACAACGAGUCUUCAGAAGCAUACCUUGCUGCCAAGACUCUUCUGCAUUGGUUUCCACCUUACAAUCAGUUCAGUUUGAAAGCAGCUUUGUCUUCAGCUGAUUAGAGUUACUGAUGUUCUUCUCAAGUCAUAAUUCUGAUGAAUUAUAUAGAUGAAUAUUUUCUGGCGUAUUGCAGCUUAACUAUAGCUGUUAUGUUGUUAGUGUUGGCAAAUUUUUGUUUCAGACUGCAUACUAUACUAUAUAUAGUUUGGUAAAUUUGGUAGAGUUAUAAUAUGAUAAAGUAGUUUUUGCUGCUUUAGAUUUACAAUACAAAGUAAUAGCAAAUAUUAAUUGACAGCAGGAGUUUGCUGUAAUG